AUGAGGAGCCUCUUCAGAAACAGUCCUUCCGGGUCUGAAGAGCACGACUCGACAGAGGCUUUUCUGCCUCGCGACAGUGCCUCGGUCAAGAGCAACUCGCCCAUGGAAGAAGCAAUAUCGUGGACAAUAUAUGACUUACAAGACAAAUCGACACACGACGAAAAGGGGAGAAAGGUUCCCGAUUCGCAGCACGCAAUUUUCUUGCCACCCGGUCCUGAGGCUGACGCCGCCUGGGCGGAUAUUGUGAAAUACAACAACAUCCGUAUCUCCCCAGACGAGGUCCCAGAGGACUAUCGUGGUCUGCCUGGUCUUGUAGAGCUCAAUGACGGGUCGGGAGAUGUCUACGCUAAUGUUGCGGUGUACCACUCGGUGCAUUGCAUCAAGCGAGUUCACCAUAUGUUGUACUUCGAGCAUUACCAUCCAGAAAGAAGUGAAAAGCAGAAGAUUGAUCUCUUGCAGCACGCCGAACACUGCUUGCAAUAUCUCUUGGAUGCGGUGAGGUGCAACGCUGAUCUAACCAUCUUUCCUAUGCAAUGGGGCGUUGGGCAACGAAUUCCCUUCGGCAUUGACCAAGGCCGCCACCAAUGUAAAGAUUGGAAUCGCAUCGACGAUUGGAUGAGAUCGAGAAGCGUGGAUAUAUACGAGCCUGGCUUAUUGAUGCAUCCCAAAUUAGGGUGA